AUGGCUCGUAUCACACUCUCUUUCUAUGUUAUUUGCGUCUGCCUAGCCCUCAUGGGUUCUGCUCUGCCGGCUAAACGCGCCGAGCCAGAGUCCUCGGGCAAUACAAUUAGUCCUAGCGUUGCGGCGGAACUGGCCUAUGAGUCUCUGAAGUCUGCCACCGCAGCGACGCGGAACAUAAACAAAGAAUUCAGCGACGAUGACGAGAAGCCACAUCAGAUCAACUUCGCUCCUGUUCCCCCUAAGCCGUCUAGCAGUGGCACACCUACCAAAUCCCUGAAGGAUCUCUCCCAGGAGAAUGCCGCAGAGAAAGUGCAUGCUAGCCGGGAGCCGGACCUGGAGCCGAAGCCGCAGACCGAUACCAAGGUUGAAGAGCCAAAGACAGAGGUCCAGGCUAAGGAUCCGAAGGGUGAAGCGAAAGCAAAGGAAGAACCGACGGAUGAGACCACGGAAGAGGAGCCUGUAGCUAGCUCUACUCCCACUCCUACUGUUCCACAGGCCGCCAGCAGUUCCUCUGCGGCCAAACCGGCGAAAAGCUCGAACAUCGUCAAGGACGACCCUCUCGCUAAAAUUCCCGUUGUCGGUCCUCUUCUGAGCGGAGGUGGUCUGAAAGGAACUGGCCUGUUGUAA